CGUGGAUCGAAAAAUCAUGGCUGAUCCCAAGCUACGGACCCUACGGACCUCGACCUCCUCGCAUGGCCACCGACUUGCUGCUCUCGGAGCGUCAGGUCUCUCUUUUAGAUGAGCUGACCAGCUCUGUGAACAGUGGUCUGCAGGAGGUGGCAGAUGCUGAGAAGGGCAGCUUCGAGGCCUUCCAUAAGCACUGGCAGUCGGUGCGGCAUCGACAUUUGCAGCAGGAGGCCUCUAAGCGUCGAGGGCGCUGGCAAUGGAUUUGCCAAGUGCAAGAGAUCUGCAACUCUGCUUGUGAGGAGCUUGAUACCGUGCUGGGACAGCUAAAAGAGUUGGAUCGGCAACGGUGUGAGGUGCUCCGAAAAACCACUGCCCUGCACAAGGAAUGUGAACAAAUGGUGCAGGACCAAGAGCGUUUGGCGGCCGAAGCCGAGGCGUUAGCUGAACGCCUUGACUACUUCGACCGCGUGGCCGAUGUGGCGUGUAUGUUGGAUCACCAAUCGGCGAAUGGUCUCCUUGCAACUGGGACCUCGACGACCUCGACUUCGUCCACUUCGUCUAGUGGCUCGGACCUUGCCACGGUCUUGGAUCAGAUCGAUGGGUCUUUGAGCUUUUUGGAGCUGCACCCAGACUUUUGUCAAGCGCAACCAUAUACACAUCAGUUUGAGCAUCUUCGCAACAGGGCCUGUUUGGCGCUGCGCUCAACUGUCCAGAGAAGUUUGGAAAAGAGCUUGGCACAAGUGGAGCAGCAGCUGAAGGAUGGAGGAUCUGUGCAAACGCAGGUCUUCUGCAGUCAGUUUAAAGCGGCCGCCGCAAGUUACAGGCCACUGCUUUCACUGCUGCACCAGCGAUUGGACAUCCAUGAAACGUAUGCCGUGACCCUGGAGGAGUUGGAAGGUUUCUUCGUGCAUCUCCGGCUGAAGCUCUUGACCCUUCCAGUCUCGACCCAUCUGCAGUCCAUCGUCCACAAAGAUUUGGAGAUGAAUCAGUUGGCGCCGGCAACACGAGAGGCGAGUGCCUACAUCUUGGAGGUCUCACAAAUGGAGCAUCAGUGUUUUGAGGCGUACUUCGAGUUAAGGCAGCCCCAAGAGGCGUUGCGGUCCUUAAUGGAGACCAUUGCCGACAUCUUCUACCAGACCAUGAGACCCCUGGUUUUGGCCUGCGAUUCCAUCGAUUCUCUGCGGGAAAUCGGAGAUUCCUUGCAAACAGAUGUCUUGGAGCCGCAACGGCGAUCGAAGAUGGAUUUGGUGUCCUUCUUGGGAAUGGUGUAUCGCCUCCAUAAGGAUGUGCAGGAAAAACUCAUCUACAGGGUGGAAAUGUACAUUCGAGAUUCCAUCAAAGGGUACGUGCCGUCCAAUAGCGAUUUGGACUACCCGUGGGUCUUGUACAGCGCUGAGCGACAGGAGGAUCCACUGACAGAGUCUCAGACAGGCUGGUAUCCAUCGUUGCCUCGGACCUUGUCCAUCUUGGCGAAGAUUUACCGCGCCCUGGAGAUGUCCACAUUUCAGGGGAUUGCCCAGGAGGCCGUCGACCUUUGCAUGCAUACCUUGAAGGAGGCCGCUCAGAUCUUGGCCCGGAAGACUUUGCCCAGCUGUUCCGAUCGCAACAUGCAGGCGGUUUUGCCAUUGGUUCAGAUGAUGGACUCGCAACUCUUCUUGGUGAAGCAUCUCUUGUUGCUGCGAGAACAGGUCGCAGCCUUUGAGUGUGAACUCGUGGUCAGCGAGAAGUACUUCAACUUCGGAAACCUCUGGGAGGCCCUGAAUCUGAAGCUCCCCGAUGGCAUCCUGGGCAUUCUGAAGCCCACCAUGUACCAUGCAGAGGUGGAUAGCAAGAAGGACAUCGAGUCUGAGUUGAAGUCCGCCUGUGAAACGUUGAUCACAAACAUCACAGCACACAUCACUCAGCCGAUGGCUGCCAUGAACGUGAAGAUUGGCAACUAUUUGGCGAAUCCUCAGGUGGAUAGAGCUUCAUUGAAGGAGCAGAGCUUCAUGAAGGAGGAGUUGCACGGUGUCAUUAGCAACUUGCAUGAAGGGCACGGGCUUGGUCCUAUGGCAGUUUGA